GGACUUGCGAUCUGCUCAGAACCAUCCGAACAGGGCUCAAACCAUCGCAACCAUGUCCAACGCUACUGACAAAGCGCGCUUCUAUCUGGAGAAGUCAGUUCCAGAGCUUAGAGAGUACGAGAGGAAGAAAAUCUUUUCCAAGGAAGAAAUCUCGGCGAUUGUCAAGAAGAGAUCUGAUUUCGAGCAUAAGCUCAAUGCCCGCGGUGCCCUCCCGUCUGAUUUCAUACGAUAUGCCCAAUAUGAAAUGAACUUGGACAGUUUGCGACGGAAGAGAGUGAAACGUCUGGGUAUCAAGAUGCCCGGCCAUACCGGGCAGAGGAGGAUUUUCUUCAUUCUUGACCGUGCGACACGGAAGUUCCACGGUGACAUCGGGCUGUGGAUUCAGUACAUUGAAUAUACCAGACAACAGAAGUCCUACAAGAAGCUUUCGAAUAUCCUCACUGAUGCCUUGCGACUGCAUCCGACCAAUGUCGAUCUGUGGAUCUAUGCCGCACAAUAUAAUGUGGAAGAUCACGCCGAUAUGACACAGUCUCGAAGCUACAUGCAGCGCGGGCUGAGGUUUUGCAAAAGCUCGAAGAAACUGUGGCUCGCUUAUGGAAGACUCGAGAUGUUCUACAUUGCCAAACUUGUUGCUCGACAGCGGAUCUUGGGACUCGACAAGCCCGUCAAGGCUCGAAAGGAAGAAGAGCCUCUGGAUGACAUGGAUGCAGAUAUGAUUAGGCUGCCAACGAUCACCGGAGAAGAUAUCAAUCCCAGCGCUGAGGAUGAGAAUGAAGUGGAUGAAGCGGCGCUUGAAGCCCUUAAUUCGACGCCCGCCCUGAGCGGCGCCAUCCCUAUCGCCAUCUUUGAAACAGCCAUGAAGAAUUUCAACGACGAUGACAGAUUUGGCCAUGAGUUCUAUGAUAUGGCGACCGAAUACGACGACCUGCCAUGCCUGCGCAAGAUUCUGCAGCAUGUGGUUGAUUCCAUGCAGAAAGCGAAGCCCGACAGUCCCCAUACACACAUCUGUCAUAUCAAGCUCCCCACAGCAGGAGUACAAGUGACUUCGCCUGAAUUCCCGCGUGCUUUUGCCGCAUCGUUCGGCCGUCUCACGGCUCAUCGCAACAACCCCUCUGUGGCCAAGGAGGUCAUCAGCUGGUUGCAACCACUCGAGAAGACCGAAGGCCUGGAUCCUUCACUGCACAAAGCCAUUUCUGCCACUAUCCGAAAUGCAGAGCGCGUUGUUCAGGGACUUUAGAUUUUAUGCAAUAUUAUUCAAGUUAUGUGCAGGCGUUGAACGGGAUUUACUAUUUUCAGACUGCGUUAGCAAGCAGCAUGAGGGGUCAUGAAAAAGUUAGCAUUGUAUUAAUCGUCUUUACUGCCUCGUCUGCUACUCUUCUUGCUACUGAGGAACUUCUUCGAUUUGAUACGAGCCUCGUUUGCGGCCUUUUGCCUGUAUAGUGUUAGCUAAGAGCCGCGUCUUGUUUCAUGAAUACC